UAGAGAACCCCUCUAUCAUACACGAACUAAUACCUUUAGAUACGCGUUCUUUUGUUACUAAGGAUCACUUCAAAAGGGUCAAACGCAAUCAAUCGCAAGAUGGCAAGCGCAAGUUUGCUAUGCACAUUAAAGACAAUAGAAUCACGUUCGCAUCGAUUUCUCUAUAAUGCUAGUAGAGCACAAUCGUCGUCUUCGUUAUCGUCAUGGGUUUUACCCUCAAAACGCCAUUCGCGUAAUCAACGAUGUCCCGCGAAACAAUAUCAACAGCAGGAGCAGCAACGGCGAAUAGUGGUGAAAGGGAAAACCUUGCCACUUCACGUGAACGAUCUCAAGGCACAGCAGGCCACUGGUGUAGGUUUAUUUCCUUCACAGCAGCAGCAAAGACAAAAGCACCGAUUUCGAAAGAAGCAUACUAGACUCCCAAGAAAUUACACAUCGGAUCUUGUAGUUGUGCUUGACAUGGACGAAUGCUUGAUUCACUCGCAAUUUUUAGAAGGACCGGGUGCAAAAUACGCCCAUCAAUUACAACAAAAAGGAUCCUCCUCCCUCGAUGGUGCGAGUAGCAAAGGGGUGGAGACCUUCAACAUCACAUUGCCCGACGGAGAACGAGUGCUGGUUCACGAACGCCCUCAUUUACACGAGUUUCUUCGGGAGGUAUCUUCGAAAUACGAAACACACAUUUUCACUGCCGCGAUGGAGGUAUAUGCAAAGCCUGUGUUGAAGAUGUUGGAUCCUCAUGGGGAUAUAUUUUCCGGGAUUCAUUACAGGGAAUCUUGUCAGCUGGACUCAACAGUGGGAGCAUAUAUUAAGAACCUCGACUUGUUUUGUGAUUCUUACGACGAGCACGAGCGUCAGCAGCGAUUGAAUCGCACAGUUUUGGUAGAUAACAAUCCGUUGAGGUAAGAUACUUUUCAAACCACUUGUCGUGUAAUGGUUAGGAUUCAAUCUUUGUUCUCACGCAAGCUCUGGUUUUCGUUUCACGUGUUUUUUUUUUCUCAGUUUUUUGGCCAACCCGGAGCAUGGAAUUUUGGUCUCGAGCUUUUAUGAUGACAGCAGAGACACGACAUUGCCAGCAGUGUUGGACUUGCUAAACGAAUUGGACAAACACGAAGACGUUCGACCUGUUUUAGAUGCCAAAUUUCGAUUAAGGGAAGCGCUUGAUGACAUCUCGAGAGGACGUCCCUUUUCUGGGCGCCAUCAACAGAUUGAUGAACAGCAGCAACAGCAACGACAAGAUGAUCACACUAGCAUCGCACUAGCAACUUCUUGAUAUUUUUACCAACUCAGUUGCUAGCUAUCGAAAGGCAAUGUCUCGUGAUGACAAUGGGUACUUCGCUCGUGGUGAAAGAAAAUCCGACCAUUUCUGAAGACACCAUGCACCCCACAACAAAAACAUAUCCAUGCUUGAGAGCAAGACCUUUUGGUGCACCCCUUUCUUACAUGUCUCGAUUUUGAUUCACGACUAUCUUACAUUUUUGAACUUUUACGAAACAAUUUUUGUGUUCUGCUUCGCAUUAUUAGGAAGGUUAAAGACAUAAAUUAAUUUAACAUCU